GUUUGAGGCUCUUUUUUUUUUUUUAUCUCUUUCUUUGAACCGUUAGAUCCAAUUUCACUUGGGCAGAGAGGGGGAUUUUGUUCGACUUUUUAACCAUUUGCUAGAACAUGGAUGAAAUUGUUUAGGUUUUGGGGAUGAUGGUUUUUUCUGACAGUUUAAGGCUGUUUAUGGUUUAUUUGGGCGUUUCAGGAAAUUUUACUACUAUUAUUUUUUCUUCUUUUCUGGUGUAGGGUUAUGAGAUUCUGGAAAUUUUAGGUUUAAGGUGUUUGUAGAAAUUAUUUGGAAAUUAUAGGUUUGUCUGCAAGAUUUAGUUUUUUUUUCCUCUCAUUUAGGGUUUCGGUUUUUCUGGAAAUUUAGGGGUUUCUUGGAGAUUUAGGGCUUAGGCUCUUUUUUUUUUUUUUGGGCUGGAAUUAACAAAUUUCUAGAAAUUGUAGGGUUAUUCUGAUAUUCGAAUUAGUGCUUAGGGUAUUUCUGUAAAAAAUAUUAAUUUAGGUCUUUUCCAGUUUAGAAUGUACAUUUGGAAAGCCAGGUUACCAAAAAAGUAAAAAAAAAGAGGAAAAUUUGGAAUUUCUCAUGUUAUUAGAAUAUCCGAAAAUGGUGAAAUGGGGUUGCUUAUUCUGUCAUAUCCCAAAGUUUGUAGGGUUGUUCUGAUCUUUGGUUGAGGGUUUUGGGAAUUUCUGAAGAUCUUAGGGGUUGUUUGGAUGCUUGUAAAGUUUUAAGUUGUAAACACAUUGAGUUUCAGGUGUAAACGGUUUACCUGCUAUUCUGUUUGGCUUUUAACUGGUAAUCUGUUUACAGGUAAACAGAUUGUGUGUUUGGCUAGAUUGUAAAGUGCUUACAAUGGAUCAAUGAGCUAUUCAUACCGUAGAGCUUGGGCAGUGAACCUUCCAAAAUCUGCAAAUCAAAUAAGGACUUGAUUUUUUUUUUUAAAGGGGGCCCUAAGAGAGCAUUAAAACAUACACACACUAGAUGGAUUGGAUGUCCUCCACCCAUCAUAGUGGGCUCCAAAUGCAAUAUGGAAGUUUUUAGUGGUGGAUGUCCCAUCUUUCCCUCCUGUGGUCCAUAUGAUAAUCAACGAGCUGUUUUUUAGGGCCAUACGAGAGCAUCAAGGGAAGCACGUGAUGGAUAGAUUGGAUGUACUGUACACAUUACAAUGGCCCCCACAUAUCAUGAGUGUAUAUCAACUAUUGUGUUCUACUAUGUAUAAUGCCUUUUUAGCUGCAAAGACUUUACCUAUAAUCUGAAACAUGGCUUUUUGCCAGGUUUUGAGAUUACAACUAAAAGUUGUAAUCUGUUUAUAGCUUGUAAAGCCUUUACAAGAAAAUACAUGCAUCCAAACAGCCCUUGUAAUCCAAUUACUUGUAAUCCCUUUACAACUUAAGGACUUUACAGGUGUCCAAACGACCCCGUAGGGCCUAUUUUUGGUGCCACUUAAAAAUGAGUUAUGCUAUUUUCCUUUACAUAAUUUAUGUAUUAGAGAUUAUAUUUCUUUUUGGUAUGAAUAAGGGUGUGCUCGUGUUAAGAACCUAACCAUUACGCCAAAAGCUAAGGACUGAUGGAACAUGUCCAGCUAGGCUUUUUAAACGAUUGGGAUCGUAACAUUCCACCAUGCUCUGUAGCCAAUGUCCACAGUGGCCCACUUUGUGGUGACACUCACUUUUGCUUGUUUUCUAGGUAGCUGAUUGCACUAGUCCUUGUCCACUUGGAGAGGGCAUGGCGGCUGCACUCUGGUUGUUUAAGUAGCCCUUAUAGCAUCGAGCAGCUUUCACUCUAGUCUAGGUUGCCCUUUCUACAAGUUACCUCUUCUGUGACUUGAACCCAAGACACUAUGUUGGCUUUGAAACCAAUUGUCAAGAACCUAACCAGUGCAGCAAAAGACCCAGGACUAACGGAAUGCAUCCAACUAGGCUCUUUAAACCAUUGGGAAAUAAAAUGAAUGUGUAAUAAGACAACAAUAAAUAUCUGUAGGACGAAUGAACAUUCGCAUACAUUGUAUGUUCCGGGAUGGUGAUUCUUUAUUGCAGAAUUAAUCGCUUCUUUCAAAUAUCGGUAGCUCAUAGAGCCCCAAGGGUACCUAUUGAACUCUUCUAAAGAAUUUAUUAGCUCUAUAUAUUGAUCUAUACAUCAUUCUUACUAGGAGAUCCUACAAGUAGCAUUUUGACACACAUGAGUAGUGCUAGCUUGACUACAUUCCUAUGUUUGUUUGACCUACAAAGCGAUCGAAAAGCUACUAACAAAUGCACGCUUCUUCAAAAUAGCUGCUUGGCACAAGUAUUUUUCCCCAAUCCUCUUUCCUACCCCCAUCAAUCUCCAGCAAGAUAUAGGGUCUAGAUGUCAGGCCCAUAAUCAAGGCGAAGUCCAUUUCCGUGAAUGUCAGAAUGGUGCCUUGCAUAUCAAAUCUCAGGUCACCGAUGUGCCUCUGCAUAAGAUAACAGAUCAUUUUAUUGUGAAAUCACCAUUGCGAUUUAUCGAAAUCCAACAAAAGCUUGAAGCAUAAUUUCCCAAACAACUCUCUUUGAAUAUCGCACUUGCCAAAAUCGUCUUACAAGUCCUUUAAAAACCAAAUGGAGCACUUUGCUGAUACUUCUACAAUCUCUUAAUCCAAACAGGGACCGAUCUUUUUUAUUAUUAUAUAUUUCUGAUUCUACAAUGCAUGGCAGAGAAAGUAUUAACGUCUAAAAUAAAAAAUUAAUAGAACAGAAAAUAAAAGUAAUUAAAAUAGUCGGGAUCGUGGUUGUUUAACAAGUGCUCAACAAAAAACAAACACAACAAAACCAAACAUCUAUCUCCUUGUGUUUAACAUGACAACCCCGACCUUUUUAACGUUAAACCCUUAUAGCGAUCCCUUCCCCCCAUAAGCAAAUGGGAUGAUACAAAAUAAAUAAAUAAAUAAACCAUUACAGCGAUCCCUUCCCCCCGUAAAACUAUCUCCUUACUUGUGGUCGCCAAGUUUUCGAAGAGUAGUUGCCAGAGAGGAAAAAAUGAUAGUUUUUUUUUGGCCGAAGAGAAUGCUAGAGGGGCCUAUGCCGGAGAAGAGUCGGCCGGAGAGUGGUAGUGGGUCCCACGAAGGAAGCUUGCCAGAAGAAAUGUUCCAUUUCCCCCUUUGAAAAAUCAAAAUUUUCCAAAUGGGGUCCUCUCCAUGGAGUUGGGCCCUACCAAACGGUCUUUGGACACCAUUUAUGGGGCUCAUUGUGAAAGGUUGUUGCAGUGAGACCAUGGGGAAAACUGUAGCUAUUUGCCAGUUUGGUGGUGAGCUUGUUACAAAUAAUGAUGGGUCUAUGUCAUAUAAUGGUGGAGAAGCGCAUGCAAUACAGGUCCUUCCCACCAUGAAAUUCGACGAGUUCAAGUCAGAAAUAGCAGAAAUGUGUAACUGCAAUGUGAGUACCUUAUCCAUCAAGUACUUCCUCCCAAGCAACAGACGUAUCCCGAUCGUGAUAUCCAAUGACAAGGACAUGCAGCGCAUGAUUGAUUUUCAUGAGGAUUCAGCAACUAUAGAUGUUUUUGUUUUAGAAGGAGGUGCUGUUGCUCAGAAUGCUGUGAAAGCAAUUAACAACAGGGCAACCGGAGCUGCAAGUAGGACAACAAGUAGAGCCGCAAGUAGGACCAUGAGAAGGGCUGUGGCCACUGAUUCAAUCAACCCAAUUCCUACAACUGUCAACAAUGAUAGGACCAUAACGGUCACUGAUCUAAUUACUCCAAUUGCUACCAUUGUUGCCACUGGUGGAGUUGAUGGGACUGUAAGUGGGAACAUUGGUAGGGCUACAUCUGCUGACCCAAUCACCCCAAUUGCCACCACAACCACUGUCAUCAGCAAUGAUAUGCGGCCAGGGCUAUUGAGUUUAAUUGAUGAGAGCAAUGAUAAGCAGCCUGGGCUAUCGAGUUUAACUGAUGAGAGCAAUGAUAAGCGGCCAGGGCUAUUGAGUUUUACUGAAGAGAGCAAUGAUAAGCAGCCAGGGCUACUGAGUUUUACUGAUGAGAGCAAUGAUAAGCGGCCAGGGCUAUUGAGUUUUACUGAUGAGAGCAAUGAUAAGCGGCCAGGGCUAUUGAGUUCAGCUGACAAACUCAUCGUUGAUGUGGGCCAAGAAUUUAGUAAUGUCCAUGACUUCCGUGAUGCGUUACGUAGGUUUGCCAUUGCUAAAGGGUUCAUAUUCACGUAUGUUAAUAAUGAUAGCAAGCGUGUGACUGCCAAAUGUAAAGCUGAGGGUUGCCCGUGGCGGGUGCAUGCUUCCAGACUCUCAACCAUGCAGAAGUUCAAGAUUAAAACGAUAAACAAUGUGCAUACAUGUGGAGGUGGGGUCGGCAAAGAUGGGCAUCCUCAUGCGACGAGGCGCUGGGUUGCAAGCAUUAUAAAAGACAAGGUACGGGAUAUGCCACAGUAUAAGCCGAGGGACAUUGCGAAUGACAUAUAUCGAGAGUAUGGAGUUAGUCUCAGGUAUCAUCAAGCACGGCGCGGGAAGGAGAUGGCCCAGGAGCAGCUUCAAGGCUCCCGGGCCGAGGCGUAUAAUCAGCUGCCAUGGUUGUGCGAGAGGAUAAGGGAGACAAAUCCAGGUAGUCUUGUAACUUUGACAACGACGGAUGACUCGAGGUUUCACCGCCUUUUCAUCUCGUUCCAUGCUUCGCGGCAUGGGUUUGAGAAUGGUUGCCGCCCACUCAUUCUUCUUGACGGGACUUCUCUAAGAGAUAAAUGCCAUGGGACGUUAUUAGCUGCAGUGUCGGUUGAUGGGGAUGACGGUAUUUUUCCGAUCGCAUUUGCUGUAGUGGAUACUGAGUCUUCUGAUAAUUGGCAUUGGUUUUUGUCAGAAUUGAAAUUGGCAGUGCCGAUGAAUCAGACCAUAACGUUUGUGUCCGAUAGACGUAAUGGUUUAGAGGAAACCGUACCAGAGAUUUUCAAGGACAGCUAUCAUGCCUACUCUCUGCAUCACCUCACUGAGGACUUCAAGAGGGUGUUGAAGGGCCCAUCGCAGAUGGUGAAGGAUGCACUGGUUGAUGAGUUUAAGCGGGCUGCUUAUUUGUUUGGUGCCGCCAAUUUCAAUGCUUGCAUUGACAGCAUCCGAAAUGUUUCGCAUGAUGUCGCCGCAUGGGUCUUGGAAAGCAAGCCGGAACAUUGGUCGAAUGCAUUCUUUAGGGGCUCACGGUACGACCAUGUAUCAUCAAGCGUUGCAGAGUUGUUCUAUGGUUGGAUAUCAGAGGAGCGAGACGUUUCAAUAAUACAGAUGAUUGACAUGAUACGGUGUAAGAUGAUGGAGAUGAUUUACACGCGUCGAGAGGCUUCAAGCGCAUGGUCUACAGUUCUCACACCUUCAAUGGAGCAAAGACUACAGUUAGAGAUGUACAACUCGCGCACACUCAGCGUGUUAUUCUCAUCAGGGAGCGUGUUUGAAGUCCGCGACGAUUCCGUCAACAUCGUGGACAUUGAGACUAGGGAUUGCACAUGCCAGAGAUGGAAGAUGUUUGGGUUGCCAUGCAUUCAUGCGGCUGCAGUUUUCGAUCGCACAGGUAAGAAUAUGUAUGAUUACUGCUCAAGGUACUUCACAGUCGAUUGUUACCGGUUAGCAUACUCAGAAUCAAUCCACCCAAUACCGGAUAUUGGAAAGCCUGUAAGUGAAGAUUCCAACACCCAGAUUAUUGUACGUCCACCCCGCAUCCAUCGGCCACGCCAGCCGCCCCGCUGGCCAAAAAAGAAGAAGAGAAAUUUACCGCUUGAUCGGAGUAAGAAGCUAAGGCAUUGCAGUAGGUGUGGCGCAGCAGGGCACAAUAUGGCAACAUGCAAAGAGCCUGAAAUGGAGAACGCAUAAGUGUCACUUUGAAUUGAUUUAGAAGCUAUUGAGUUGGUUGUAAAUACUAAUUCCUUUGGAUGAUCGUUUUUAUAGAUGAUUUUUGUACUUGUGGCAAGAUUUUGAAAGAUGGUCAAGAACCGAUUGAAGAUCAACCGUUGGAUCUUUAGACCAGAACAAACUCAACGAGAACGAAAUGUAAGCACAUUCAGAAGGCCAAUGUACCACUUCUAUGGUCCUCAGUC